GUGAAGCGUCACACACAGACGUAGACGAUCUUUGUUACAAACAUGGCAGCGCGCUUGUGAAUGUCAUGCCAUCUUAAUCUAUUCCCUUUUAUUAGCUCAUGUUUGGCCACUCUUACGUUAAAGCUGACGCGGAAAUUAGCUACAUCUUGUAGACUUGUAGUUUUAUUGACCUCGGACAGCUAAGUCAUAACUUAGCUAUUCACUUGAUGACCAGCUCUCAAUGUUAGCAUUUAGCAACUAAUUAGCUGUCGUCUCUACGAUGGAUACUGACCAACAACUGAGAAAUCUGCGGGAUUUCCUUUUGGUGUACAACCGCAUGACCGAAACCUGCUUCCAGCGAUGCAGCAGCAACUUCAACUACAGAAACCUUACCAUGGACGAGGAGCGAUGUGUGGACAGCUGUGCGGGGAAGCUGAUCCGCUCUAACCACCGCCUCAUGAGCACUUAUGUGCAGCUGAUGCCUCGGAUGGUGCAGCGUCGGAUGGAAGAGAUUGAGAGCAAGGCUGCAGAAAAUGCCAAGGCAGCAGAGGCAGCUGCUUCUGCAUAUGUGGAGGCCCCUGCCACAGAGGCCUCACCACCAUCUCAAACCCCCAUCACCUUAUCUCCACCCCCACAGGUACCGCCACUGCUGGAUCAACCUUUUACCUCAAUGACGAUUGACGAUGUCGGAGUCGGACCAGAGGCCUAUGGCUCAGUCUUAAAGCCAACAGGAUCAAAUCAUCCAGUUGAGCUUGACACUGCUGUUUCCAAAUUCACAACAGCCCCACAAGUUAAAUUUUCAGCUUCCUCCCCACCCACACCCUCGAUUGAAACUGUGAAUCUGUCAGUGCUUAAUGAAGCUGGCAAUGGACCAUCUUAUAAAGCAAGCUUGGCUCAGCCACCGAUAGCUGGAGCCAAAAUUGAGUCUGAGAUCUCAGCGCCUGUGUUUGUGCCAUCUAAACCAAUGUCUUUAACAGGAGAUAUGCCUGUGUCAACCGUAGCUGCACCUACAGUGUCCAAAUCCAUUGAGAGCCUGUCAGGCCAAGAGAGAGCCCCAGAGGUUCCCCCACCGUCAGGCCAGUAACGAUGGCCGUUGUGGGUCUGUCUUGGCUGGUUAAACUGUUAGCGAUAAUGCCCUGACUCCCACCACAACAUCUCACUUCAGAUGAGUUAACUCAAAUGUGAGAUUCUCCGUAUUGCUAAAAAGAAUAGACGAUUAAUAGAUAUACACUAAUUAUUAAAUAUAUCAACUUUUCAAUAACUUACAUGAUAUCAUGUCAUAUAACGUUUUCUGGCGACUGUAUGUCAAAUGUGACCAUUUGAUGCUUUUCUGUUUUCAUAUUGUAAAUAAAUUGAGGUUUGACAAAACUAGCAACCUGAAGACCUCA